CUCACACGUGUUGCCACCACGACUCUAUCUGUAGUCCCUGUCGAAGGCAGAAGCAGCUUCGCUUGGUUCUCAUUAUGGCUGGAAAAAUGAGGAAGCUGAAAUCGUUAGCCUGAAACGGUCACUGAAAAUAAAAGAAUGACAAUGGAGGAGAAGAAAGAGAAUUUGGAGCUGCAGAAUUGGUCUGGCCUUCCUACAGAACUCUUCGAAUCGAUUAUAUCCCGUCUAACCCUAGAGGACAAUGUUCGCGCCUCGGUCGUUUGCAAGAGAUGGCACUCAGUUGCAGUCUCUGUCCGGGUAGUAAAUCAGUCACCAUGGCUUAUGUACUUCCCAAAGAAAAGGAAAAAGAAUGGUACCUUGUGUGAAUUUUAUGACCCAUCACUACGCAAGACACAUUCCAUUGAGCUGCCCGAGUUGACUGGGUCUAGGGUUUGCUACACUAAAGAUGGCUGGCUGUUGCUGUACAGACCCAGUUGUCAUCACUUGUGCUUCUUUAAUCCCUUCACUCGCCAAGUGAUUAGACUGCCCAGCUUUCAGUUGAAUCGUAAUGCUGCUGCCUUCUCCUGUGCCCCAACAUCUACCAGCUGCAUGCUUCUUACAGUUUCUUACAGGGGUCCCCAAAUUGCUCUUAGCACUUGCCAUCCUGGGGCAACAGAGUGGCUUACCGUUAGUUACCAACAUCCUUUGGGCUCUUUCUUUGGUAUUGGUAUUAUGAAUAAGUUUGUUUUCUGCAAUGGACUUUUCUAUUGUCUGAGUUACAAUGAUUGGCUAGGGGUCUUUGACCCACUGGAGCGUACUUGGAAUGUUCUUGUUCUGCCUCCACCCAAAUGCGCCGGCAAAUGGUUGAAUAAUCAGUGGGAAGGCAAGUACAUGACAGAGCAUAAAGGGGAAAUAUUACUUAUUUGUGCUUGUUCUUAUGAAAUCCCCGUUAUGUUUAAGCUGGAUCAGGCAAGCUUUGUAUGGGAAGAGAUGAAAAGCCUCGAUGGUGUCACACUUUUUGCGAGUUUCUUGGCAUCUCAUUCCAGAACUAACCUUUCUGGACUGAUGACAAACAGUGUCUACUUCCCCAAAGUUCGUUUCUGUGGAAAGAAUUGCACAUCAUAUUCUUUCUAUGAUUGUAGAUUCUAUCCUUGUAAGGAGUGUCAUGACUUGGGAGAUCGAUAUCCUCCUGAAAAUAUCUGGAUUGAACCUCCCCAAGACUUCUCAAGCUUCACCUGAAGAAAUCUAGCUGCAGAAGUAUGGUCUAGUUUUAACAUUUAGAAAAUUUGUAUUAAAAUGUUUAGCUGUAACAGCAUUGGAUGGAAUGCUAUAAAUUUCUGUAUUAAGUAGUUCAGUUGCCUGCAAAGCGACUUUGUUACACUUCUUGAAGAACUAAUGUUGGACUUUUGUUUUCUUUUAUCAUAAGUGUGUCAGAGUUUGACUUGCA